UAUUGUAUUAGUAAAACAAUAACAAUAUAUAUAAUAAAAUGCAAAAAUGUCGCACAUAUUGGAUGAAGAAGAUUUAGAGGCUCUCUGCUACGAGCGUUCCAAAGCCUGGUCCAAUGUUAUCAAGUGUUGUGCGGAGAAAGAGGAAGGCAAAGAAAUAGAUAUACGUAAUUUUGAGGAAAUAUUCAAGGACCAAGACGAAGACACCAUAGUAGCAAUGGAAGAGGCCAAAGAAGUAAAUGUGGAGGAGGAACUGUAUAAAACAACGCAGAGUAUGACCAAAACUGAACUUAUGCAAAUGCUGUGCAGCGGGGAUAGUAAGGAAAUCCUAGACCAGACGCUGCCCAUUGUGGAGGGGCAUGUGCGCAAGUGGAAGGAAGCUGGCUUGGAUCGCAUUCUAGACACAUUCGAUGGACAGCAGAUCGAGGAGCAUGUGGGCGACUGGUUGCGUCGCAACAACAGCGCUUUUGGUGGCAACAAUCUGUUGCAAGUGUCACCCAAAGCGGCCAAACCGUUCAAUGGAGCUGACCAAGUUUAUUCUACGAGCAGCAGCAACGACAGCGAAGCCGAGUCCAUGCACUCCGUGGACACUGCUCGCUACAUUCGCGCCAGUCGCAAACGCACCAUUUCCACGGCCAGCAAGUGCAGCAUUCCCAUGACGACGAUCAAGAUGUAUCGCAAUGUGCCGCGAAAGCGCGCCGAGCUGAGUGCCAAGUACGGAUGCGAGGAGCAGGAGCAUCGGCACCACAUGCAGGCACUGCUCCAUCGCCGCAGCAAGUUCCACAGUCGCAAACACGAGCGUGAUCUCAUCCUUCAAACCAGUUCCAAGCAGUAUUCCCACAGCUUCGAAGGGCAACAGCGACGCAAGCAGCUGCGCAAGCGUCGGGACACCUCGCCCAUGUUAUCCUCAUCAUCGUCCAGCGAGGAUGAACGUUGCGACUGCACGAGAAGAAAGAAGGUUGCCCACUCCCACUAUAGAAAUCGCAGCUACCACAAUCACCGUAUCAACUAUCGCGAUUAUCACUGUAAGCGAUUGAAGCUGGGAUCACGAUCCACUCAGGACGUUUUAGAGGAGGAACUGCGUCCGCGACUCAUGGAGAACGAGUGCACAUGCUGCAGCAUCGAGCGAUUGUGCUCGAACGUGGUGCACAUUGCCAAGAGCUCCACAGAGUCAUGGAUAGUGCAAAACACCAGCAGCUCCAACAGCUCCGAAACAUGCAGAGUGUCUUCAACAAAUCAUUCCUUGGCACUCAAGAAACGCACGCAGCAGAAGAUUAUAAAAAGCCAAUGCUGUUUGAGGCGUCAUAGACGGAAUGAAAAUAUGAAACAGACUAAGACAUAUUCCAAUGAACCCAAAGAUACUAAGUCACCGACAAACGAGAUACAAAGUGACAGCUCAGAGAAUUCUAGCGAUUGUAGCAUAAAAUUGAAACGAACAAAAGAAAAAAUGCAAACUAUUGAAUCGGUUUCGGAUAACUCGGAUGAUCUUCAAUCUAAUUGUAAGAAUCUUAACUCAACCUUCUCUAAUCAGUCAUGUAAGCUGGACACUUUAAAGGAUCAGUCAGAAGACACUGAUAGCCAUACAAUGGUAUCUUCUCCAACAGACUACAAGUCGCCAACCGCUCCACAACGAUCCUCAUUCAACAUUACUAAAAAAGGGAUUCUUUUGCAUGAGCCUCCACGACAAGCAUCCGCAUCAGAAGACCAGGAUAAAAACAUCAGCUUGGAGAAUUCUAAUGCUAACUUUACGCUAACGGAGCAGGCUCUCACACCAAUAAUUGGUCAGCGCAGAGCUCGCAAGCUCCUUAAAUACCAUACGGGCAGCAACAGCUUCAACAGUCGCUACCACGUUUACUAUCGUCCAUCUGCCAAGCUGUUGACCAAGUUAACAGACACUGACAAAUCUCGUGAAUUGAGUUCCUCCAGUUGCAGCGACACCGAUAGCGACGUCUUUGAGAUGCUUGGACGUUAUGGAGUCGUUCACUCUGUUCUGGAAAAAGGGAAUGAUUCGUUCAAGCUUGACUGAAACAGAUAAAGUACUUCUCAUUAUUUUUCAUAAUAUAUUUAGUAAUAUAAUUAUAAUU